CACAGCUGCGUGUAGCUAAAACAGCGUUAAAUAGUAUAUUAAAAUAGUAAAUAAUUUAAAUAUAUCUAAUAAAAUAAACAUUUUCAAUUGUCACUAAAGUAAAUAUCUGAUAAAUUAUGUUAAAUCUAUAAAAAAAAGAACUUCACAAAAGUGUGCUACGCCUUAAAUUCUGCUAAUCUGCUGCGACGACUUUAUUAGCAGCGAAAGUUAUAUGUACAUAAAGUGCGCCAGGUUUUCUGUUGUUGUUGUAAUAUAAGCAGCAAACGCGCGCGUUUAUUUCAAUAGUUAUCAGCUGUGGCUAAAAAAAUUUUAUGAACUUUUACAAAAAUACCAAAAAUUAUUUAAAUUGAGAUAAAUGACUUCUUUGAAACAACCUUUUUCAAUCAAAAUUAAUUAUGAGUUGGAAACUUCGUCAGGUGGUGGGUCCAUACUGGGAGAACAUCCUGAUUUUGAUUCAUAUUACCUGGUUAACGCGCCGUCGUUUGAUAAUGAAGUAACCAUUACAACAUCUUACUCAAAUUCUAACACAAUGGCUUCAACAAAAUCUAUGAGUAUGCAUUCUUUAAAUGAGCUUAACAACAAUGUGGAGAAUAUAACCCAGAAAGACGGGUUAAAGUCCCAGCAACGUGAACUUUUAUUUGGCAUACCUAUCAAUUCUAGUCAAGAAUCUUCAUUUGAGGGAUUUGGCUCAAGUCCUUUCGAUAAACUGCAACGUAUAUUCUAUACUAAUCAAACAUUGCAGCAGCCUCAAGGGGAAAAGACACAACUUUUGGAUAUUAAUAACAAAGCCGAACAAAAAUAUUCACCUGGCAAAUUGUUAUUUUCAAAAUUCUACGAUACCAUCAUAGAAGAAGACAGCUGUAAUGCGGUAGAUAUACAAAUGUCCAAGGAUUCAGGAAACAACAGCUCAGAGACUCGUAGACCAAGCCUAGAAAAUCUUAAUUCCAAUAAUAGUGAUAUGAAUCCAUCAUCAGAAUUAUCGUUCAAUGGUAAAAUCAAAAGUUUAAACCACUCCCAGGAUGCAGCACCAAGUUGCCAUGUUCAACCUGUGGCCAAACGACGUUUAUCUAGUUUAAUGGAAACUUCACUCAACACCUCGCAACAAUUCUCCGAAUCAUUUAUAUUGAAGAAAUACAGCAAUGAAAAGUCUCCCGAUUUAUUUGGUGAGGACGAGGAUGAAGAAGACGAAGAGGUAGAGCAAGACGAAGAAGUUGAAUACGAAGAGCUGGAUGAACAUACACAAAAUCUCAAGACCAUACCUGAGCAUACAACAGUAUUAAAUGAAUCCCAACCUGCUCUUGUUUCAUGUAACUUGGCAGAUAAUUCUUUCAACUGUCCCACUGAAUCUAGUUUUGCCAACGAUGACCAUACCAUGGACUGUAGUUUGACUCAAGGCAGCUGCUUUGCGGCCAGUGGUAAUUCAUCCGACUCGUAUACAUUAUUUAAAGACAAUUGCCGGCGAGAACGUGAAAUUUUAAGACGUAUACGUAAAUGUUUGGCAGGUGUUUUGCCACCACCAUCGGUGACAAUACCUCAACUGGAUAUGGUUAGUGCAGUGCUGUCGAAAAAGAAUGAUAUUUUCAAUUUCAUUAAGGACAUUAAAGAGGAAACGUCGAAACAAAAUAGUGAGGAGGCAGGUGGUUGUGCGUCGUCUAGCUCGUCAAGGCCAUUGAGUUUGUUUAAGCCCACACACACUCUGGAUGAGACGAAAAAUAUGCCAUGGCGUGAUAUCUUAAGUGUGCGACAACAUGGCUUGUGCUACAACUUAAACAAAGCCUCGGAAAACAAUGAAUACCUCAGCUUAUCAGUUAUGGAACGUUUUAUUGGUGCUGAAACAGCUUCAUCGUAUCAAAAUUCACCAUCCUCAGCUAAGAAACGUAGUACAAGGCUUAAACUUUUGUGUCAAUCGCCCGGAAAUCGUUUAAGUCAUUUAGCCAAAAGACGUGCUAUAUUCUCAUCGGCUAAUUUGGCCACCCAAAAAACUAGUACUCUAGUGGGACCACAAAUUUUGUUGGAUAAAAAAAAAAUUAAGAAUCGUCGCAAAGCUACACCUAAACGCAUGACACCGGGCAGUAAAAAGAAAAAUCGCAAAACCCCCACUUCAUCAGCCCGUAAACGUUUGUUCCGCAAUGACGUUAUUAAACCCGGACCUUCGCGUGAAACCUCUAAGCGAGCCUUGUUCCAGAGUCCUGCCAAACUUGUGCAACAGCAAAGAGCUGCAGUACCAAAACCACCUGCCAUGAAACCCGAAUUAGCAAAUCGUGUAGAAAAAUCCAAAAGAGCUUUACUCUUCACACCCGAAAAGCAACAGCAACAAAAAUCCGUCGCAUCAACAUCGUAUUUUGCUCCCAGUACAAGCACACAAUUGGACAUGUUGCUUAAACGCAAACGUAAUCAUUGUGAUGAUGCUGACGAUGUUGACACCUUCGAAUUGACCUCACAAAGUAGCAAAAUGUUCAAGUCGAAUAGUUCGACUGGUCUAACGCCCAGAGCACUUAAAAUUAAAAGUCAAAGUUUUUGUAUUGGGGCUGGUUCCUCAACGAAACACAACAACAAACAACUACCCUGUCCCUCCAGCUCGUUCGCAACAAACUCAAAUACGUCGCUGUGUUCGACCAGCAGCAAUAGUAAUUCCCAAUCACAAUUACCACGCACCAGUUCAGUGUCCUCGUUAUUGGGUUCGAAGUUGCAAAAAGCCUAUUCGGAUAAUAUGCCACAAUCGAAUAGUUUGUCGGAAAAUCAAAAGAAAAAAUUGCUGUGGGCCGUAUCGCAGGCCUUGCAGGAAAGAAAAAUUAAUGCCAAACAUGAAAGUUUCAAGCAAUAUGCCUCCAUUUUGGCCAGAGUGGUGAGAAGAAUAUUUCAAGAAUUCUAUCAAAAGAGCAGUACCAGCAAUAGCGAGACUAUGUUGAGACUGGCCAAAAAGUAUGUAUAUCCUGUGACAGCUGGUUCCACGGCUGAUGAUAUUUAUCUGCAGGCCAAAUCACAAAUCGAAGACACCAAACGCCAAUCGACCACACGUCUUUCCGGCUACAUAGGUCCCGAAGAAUAUCAGCAACUCAAACUGCAAUCAUCACAAUCUUUGCUCAGCCAAUCGCAAAGUCACAAAGGCUCCACGCACAACAUUUUCACAACCGAAAGCUCAUUCGACUCAUUUGGUUUGAUCAGUCAAACAUCGUCGGGUUUUUGUGGUUCUACCAAUGGCAUGACCAUGUCACAAACAAGUUUUUUGGGUCAAAUAUCUCAAGAUAUUAUAACUGCCGAAUCAUCGCAUACUUCAAAUUCCUGCAGUGCUACAAAAGCAAUUCAAAUGUCCGCCUCGCUGCAGAAUAGCUCCUCGAAAAGUAACCUUUGCGGUGUGGUGUUGCGUGAGAAUGUUGACUGUGAUUUGAGAAGAUCGGCCCAAAAAAAUUUCACCGGUAAAGAUCAACGCAAUAUGAGUCCCUAUCAUGGCGGCAAUGGCGGUGGUUCAGCUGUCAAGGCCCACUCACAGUUGGUCACAGACAGUGAUAAAGCAAGGCGUCAAAUAUCUUUUGAUAGCUAAUAAUAAGGCGUUAAAUAAAAUCUGAUUUUUUACAAUUUUCGAUACAACGCAGAAAAUAUUAUUUCGAAAACCAUUUUCUAAAUUGUAUUUGGAAAUGUAGUUUGUAAUUUAGUUAAUUGUUCUUAAAUAUUUUAAAGUUGUCAUUUUUAUUAAGCGUUUUUUCAUUUACACAACUUUUUAGGGUUGUACAAAUUUUUAUAAAUUAAAAAUUUUGCAGCCACAUUUAGGGUUUUUUUCAUUUCAUUAAAAUAUUUUAUUUUUUCGUUUUCAUAAUUAUUAUUUUUUUAAGAUCUCUUAUCAUUGCACAAAUCACUGCUACAAGUUUUAGUUAUUGAGUUAUAUUUUUAAUUUCUCUAACAACAUUAAUAUUUUGGAAAACAAAUUAAAGUUUUAGCGAUCUCUUCGCUCCCUAAAUUAAUUAUUUUUUUUCGAUUUGCAAUAUUCUUAAAUUAAAACUAAAUACACACAUAAGUUUUAAAUGACUUUUUUUUUAGAGAAAUUAAGUAAAUAAGUUUAAAUAAAUAAUAAAAGAAACUGAAUUCUUACAAACAUA